AUGCAACAACAACACAAAAGUAUCCUCUCACUUUCAAUCUUGAUUUUCUUGUGCAGUUUCGUCUCAUUCACAACAGCACAACGUUUCGUCUUGCAAGUCAACACCACGGUUGACCAUCCAAUGUUUUACACUGGAUAUUCGUCCAACAAUGACCAAUCAUUCCAAUCCAUUGGCCUCCGUACUUUCCCUCUCAAAGAAUCAGCCCUGUCCAUGUUUAUCCAACCAAAUUCUUUCAAAUCCACAAAAGGAAUUAUAAUUGGCGCCACAAAUUUUGCAGAACCAUAUUUGUACACAUUUACCAAUUUGGCUGUAACUUUUACAAUGAAUGGAAAUGCAUUUAUUGGAGAUGGUUUGAUUGUGUGUGGAAGUUCAGGUCAAUCCAAUGAUGGAAAAAUUGGAUCUGGUUCAGAAAAAAUUAGAGUUUCAUUGAGAGGUGAUAUUUUCAGUUGUGAAUAUUCUAAUUGUAAUUGGAGUGUGGAUGGAAAGUGGAAUAAGAUUGGAUAUUCUGUUUGUUAUGUUCCAAAUGGAUAGAUUGACUUUCUGAUAUAUUUUCAAUAUUUCGAAUAAAAUUUAGUUUCGAAUAA